AAAGACACGGACCGAAGAAGAGCAGGCAGAAUGUGAGGCUUCUUGCACCUCUCUUUUGAAUUCAUGGUGUAAUCUCGACCAGUCUUCACGCGGAAAGCUUCAAGCCUCUGGUCUAUUCAAUGAUAGCGGGGACAUACGCCUUCUUCGGGAAAGACAUGUCGCGUAUCUUAUGAAGGGACUUACACACUUAGGGCCUGGCUUUAUCUGUCUUGACGCGAGCCGACCAUGGCUGUGUUAUUGGAUUCUCCACUCUCUCGAUCUACUGCGGGGCCUUGAGUCGAGGAGUCAUUCGAUUUUUCGCGCUGAUUUAGCUCGGAAAGUCACAAUUACAAUGAACUCAUGCCAAAACUCCGGGGGAGGCUUCGGUGGCGGACCUUAUCAGAUAUCGCAUUGCGCUCCAACAUAUGCGGCAGUGCUUGCCUUACUCAUACUCGGUACGGAAGAGGCCUAUAAGACUAUAGAUCGCCCGGCGCUUUAUAAGUGGUUUCUUGCACGAAAACAUUUGUCAGGUGGUUUUUGUAUGCACGAUGACGGGUACGUCGAUUAAAAUUUGAAGCGUUUUUGGGUUGUCCAAGGCAGCGCUGGAAACAGAAGCU